AUGUCGCCCAGUGCCACUCGCAAUCUCAAUGCGGGAGCGGUGCCCGCUGCAAUCUUGGAGGAUGCAGCGCUCAACGCUUGCAUAGAUGCGCUGCUCCCUCGCACUUACAGCUUUGAGAUCCACAAGACGAUUCAUCAGAUCAGGUUCUACGGCUGCAGCAUGGUAGCUCUGCAGAUGCCUGAGGGCUUGACUCUCUGGUCAACUGCAAUUUGCGACAUCAUCGAGAGAUUCACAGAGGCUGGAACGCUCAUCAUGGGCGAUGUCACCUAUGGAGCAUGCUGCGUCGACGAUUACACUGCAAGGGCUUUAGGCGCCGAUCUGCUCAUCCACUACGGACACAGCUGCCUAGUCCCGGUCGAUCAGACCUCGAUCAGGACGCUAUACGUCUUUGUGGAGAUUGCCAUCGAUGCCGCUCAUCUAGCAUCAACAGUCCGCGCCAACUUUCCCUCGUCGCGCGAAGAGUUUCGCAGGAGAAUCUUGUCGGAUGAAAUCCAAUCAGAUCCUCCAGCUGCAACGAGCUCGAGAAGCGUCAGGCAUGUGAAUGUGCAACUGGAAGCGGAAGGGUGUGCUCGAGAGGAGGACGCUAAGCUCAAGAUCGCCAUGGUCGGGACUGUUCAAUUCAUUGCAGCGUUGCAGGGUCUCAAAGAAGACCUGGAGGAGCCUUGGCCAACAGAGGAUUUCAUGCAGGGCAGCACGGCUAGGCUAGCAAUCGAGGGAAGCACUUCUGCACAUCAGCAAGAUUCUUCUCCACCGAGGUACGACAGGGGCGCAUACGCACCGCUUAUUCCUCAGAUCAGGCCCCUCUCUCCAGGCGAGAUUCUGGGAUGCACAUCACCUGUGCUCCCCGCCGAUACAGAUCUGGUACUUUACGUAGGGGACGGCCGCUUUCAUCUGGAAAGCGUCAUGAUUGCCAAUCCAAGGGUUCCCGCAUUCAGGUUCGACCCGUACGAUAGGGUCUUUGUGAGGGAAUUCUACGACCACGAGAGAAUGCGAAAGGAUAGGAGCGAUGCGGUCAAGAUGGCCAGGGCUGGUACUGCUACCGUCUCUGCUUCGAGACGGAAGGCAGAAGCGCCAUCGAUCCAAUUCGGUGGGGAAAUUCACACGGUGCAAGCCGCUACGCAAGUGGUACAGCAGCCCAAGGCUGCUGGUUGGGGUGUGAUCCUAGGCACGUUAGGCCGACAAGGCUCCCUCUCCGUCCUAUCCAACAUCUCCACCAUCCUUUCGCAGAGCUCUCGUUGCAUCCCAGUAGUUCCCAUCCUCCUCUCGGAACUCUCGCCCGCCAAAUUGGCCCUUUUUGGGCCUCACCUGGACGCUUUCGUUCAGAGCUCUUGUCCUCGGUUGUCCAUAGACUGGGGCAGCGCUUUUGAGAAACCUCUGUUGAGUCCUUAUGAGGCUGCGGUGGCUGUGGACAAGACGAGGGGAUGGGACGAGAUCAGGGGAGAAGGUGUGGGUAUGGGGGCCCAUUCAUCAGAGAGCGAGGAGAGAGAGGCAAACGAAAAUGAUCGUGAUGGGACAGAAGGACUGAGAUCAGGCUCGGAAGCGGAUUACCCCAUGGACUUUUAUGCGGACGAUUCUAGAGGCCCUUGGACGCCUAGACAUGGGAUGGCAGUCAAGAAGAGGUCGACGGCGCAAAAUGGAGGUCUGAGCAACAAGGCUUUGCUCAGGAAAGCUGCUGCUGCGCGAGCUCAAGCACAAGCUCAAACACAGACGCAGACGCAGACACAGACACGGACAUCUCCCCCCAACCAGGCGAUUUGA